UUUAAAUUUGGUCGAUACCAGUAUUUGAUGUGUUAAACAUAUUAUGUUAUGUUCAAAUUAAAAAAGUUUAACAUACUGAAAAUCUAUGGGCAUUGUUUAAUUUGUCACGGUAAACGCCUUGUAAGUUAUGAUUCUAAAAAUUAUUUUGAUAAACAAAAAAGUUUCGAAUAAAAACAUAUUAUCUAGUUACCUAUGUAAUUUUCACUUUAUUACUAUAAUUAUUGUGUCGUGUAAUGUAUCAACAAUGUAAUUAUUCAACUAGAUACAUAGGUUAUCAAUAUUGAUAAAAUAAUCAACAACCUCGGCUAGUUGAAAUUUAAAAGUGGACUGUAUUAUAAAACUCAAAUAUUCUAUCACAGCAUGUCUGAUAUUUUACUAAAUAAUAUCUUACAGAUCAAUAGGGAGGUGUAGCUUGAUAUAACCGUUAUGAAAAUGAAUAAUAAAUUACAUAAUUCAAUAAUAUUAUAAUCAUAAGAAGUAUGCCAUUAGUUGUCUAAUUAUUAUGUGUUUAUAAUUAUUUAUCAUUACAUUUUUACAGGGCACAUAUUAUAUUACAUCAGGGUAUGAUUUUACGAAAAUGGAGGAUAAUGACUUACCCAAAGUAAUGUUUUAUGGAAAAUAUAGAGUGGUGACUCGCUUUAAAAAUGUGGAAAAUAAAGAAGGAGAAUAUCGUUUGGUUAUUGAUAAAGUAUAUCCGUGUGGAUCAAGAACAAAUCAUACAAUUAGAUUAAAUAUCUUUUCCAGUAAAAAGACAUUGAAUAUAACUGAAAUAAAAGGGAAUAUAACGUUGUUGAAACCUUACGACGAUGAUCUUACACUUGAUCUGAACGUGUCGACUUGGGGUUCAACUGGAGGUUGGAUACCAAAUCAUUAUAUUCUCAUAAGAAAAAAGGCAUGCAGUAGUUUAAGAAAUCUUUAUGGAAAUGCAUGGUUUACAUUACUCAAUGCUUUUAACGUUUCAACUGAUAGAUGUCCAAUACCAUUGGGCACAUAUAUUACAUCAGGGUAUGAUUUGACGAAAUUCGAAGAUAUGAAUUUGCCCAAACUAAUUUUUUAUGGAAAAUAUAAACUAGUGGGUCGCAUUAAAAAUGUCGAAAAUAAAGAAGUUGGUUGCAUUGUUGCGGAAACAAAUUUAAUACGACCAUGGGAAACACCAAUUUAAUAAAAUUAUGACAAACUAAUAAUACUUGUUAUUGACUUGUUAUAUAUUAUAAUUUCUUUACUUUAUCAAAUAUUGUUAAGCUCUGUUUACAUCUGUGAUCACCUAUGGAAACUAAUAAAUAUAAUCAUCAGCU